CAGGGAUGACACUCAGCCUGGCUGGUCAUUCAAGGACCUCAAUCUAAUGCAGAUUUAGAUCCGCCUGGUAAAGCUACUGGUGCCCAGGGCAGCAACACAAACCAGGGCUUGGUCACAAGUGGUGCACGAGGCUCGAGCAAUGGAUGUGUCACUCCGCUUACAUUGUUACCCCUAUCUUCAUUACAAAGACGCAUUGCUGAUCUCUAUAACUGCAUGCGAGAUAUGAAGAGCAUAUCCAGGUGUCUUCCCCCAUGGACCCAGGCUCGCCAACUAUUAGACCACUUCAACGUAGUCAUUCAGCCAACAUUCGGGGUGUUCCAUAUCCCAUCCACAAAAGAACUAUUAGAUGAAACAUACAGGGGUAUACUUGAGGGCAUGGAGCCAAGCCCCACUGUCUUGGUAGUGUUCUUCAGCAUCUUCGCUGGGGCUGUUCUGGUUGCAACCCCAGGACUUCUGCAGUUGCUCAGCGCAACAGAGGCAGAAGCUAAAGCAGCCUUCACCACAUACGCGCGUUUAGCUCUCUGUAUAAUUGACAACCCGAUCCAGCCAGUGCCGCCAUCAACAACUGCUCUUGGCGCAGUCAGUGCCUUGUCGCGCGUUCUCUUCCAUGCGGAUUGGUAUUCCCACAAAGCCCAAGCACUCAGAAUCGACGCAAUAUGCAUGGCCCGAUCGAUGCAAAUCCAUCUGCUGGACACGGUCCAAAAGCAAGACGAAAGAAAACGUUCAGGAUACAAUGCUAUCGAAGUCGAGGUACAGAGACGAGCAUGGUGGCACCUCGUCUCCUCUGACUGGAUCUCUGCAUUCUCGCAAAGCCCACAAGAAGGCACCUACCUCAUCCACCCAAAACAAAUGAAAGUGAACCAUCCCAGCAACAUCGACGACGAAUCCUUAACCCCCACAGGACCAGCAUACAGCUUUCCCCUCUCAGUCCCAACCUCCAUGUCCGUAUUCAUCUUCAGAAUCCACUACGCCGAACUAUGCCGCGAAAUCAUCGACACCCUAGGAACCACACUUCUCGAAUCCACCCAACCCGACUACGAAACCCUCCUCGAAAUCGACCGUAAAUUCCACACCUUCGUCCAAUCCCUCCCAACCUUCCUCCAAAACGACCCCGCCAGCAUCCGAAAAAGCCAAGAGAUAACCCAACAACGACCCUACCUCGCCUGGCAACGAACCGUCGCCCAUCUAAGCUUCCACGUCCGCCUCUGCCGCCUUCAUCGCCCCUACCACCGCGAAGGCCUAACGAACCCCAAAUACGCCUACUCUCGACUGACCUGCAUUCGCUCCGCCCAAACGGUCCUCGACCUUCGCCGCACGUUGAAAGACACAGGCGUUCUCGCCGGCUUCAACCCCUCCGAUUACAGCCUGGUUAUGAACCACGUUUUCUUCGCCGCUAUGGUCCUGGCCACGGACGUCUCUAUGAAGCCUACCGCUCCGGGCGCAGAUACCCGCAAGCAGGAAGUGUUGGAUGUUAUCCAUGCACUGGAGAAAUCACAGAAUGAGUCGGCGUCACUUAUGGAGGCUAUUCGGAAGAAUACGCAGACAUUGUUGUCGAUCCUUCAGGAAUCUCAGAGGGAAGUGCAGCAACAGGCAAGGUCGCCUGAGAGAAACGAUAAUAUUGAUGUGGCUUCUGGAUCGGGUGGGACGAUGUCGAGCGCUGCUCCGUCACAGUCCCGGGUCGUCGCGGUGGAUGAGAGCAUGACAAAUGCGGCCAGCGGACGUCUUCCUUUGACGGACAGCAUGCAAGGGUCUGGUCAUGAAGAUGAGGACCCAAUGUGGAGCGGAGCAAGGAGGAAUAGCUGGGGUCAGCUGUGGUCUGAUCUCUUCAGUGUGGCGCCGGAAAUGGAUGGGCUGCAGUGGGAUCUCUUGUUGAAUGAUUCUGACUUGCCCUUUCAGUCAGAAUUCUAUUGAAGGCCUAGGCGCAUAGCCUUGGUUGACUAUAGGCUGGAGAUAUUAUAUCCUUUCUAGGACGCAGACGCGAUAGGACAAGCAGUUAUGAGUAAGCGACUUUCUAUACAAGGAUCCUCACAGCUAUUAUACGGUCAAACCUAAAUACAAACGCCAAUUACCAAUAA